UUUAAGAAGCAAAUAUAAGUGGUCCAGGUUACUUUAUUGAGAACGAGGUUGUCUUCGGUUGUAUUGCAUCGGUCGGUGUUUACAUCUGUUUCGGUGAUCAGUUAUUGAAAAAUGGCCGCAUCCCUAGAAAAUCUGGAAACUCAGCUGGAAAUGUUCAUAGAAAAUGUGAGACAAAUUAGGAUUAUUGUUGGAGAUUUUCAACCACAAGGACAAAAUGUUCUGAAUCAAAAAAUACAAGCACUGGUAGCAGGUCUCCAGGAGAUUGAUAAACUCAAAUCUCAAGUGCCAGAAGUUCUCAUACCGCUGGAAGUAUUUGAUUACAUAGACCAAGGACGUAAUCCACAACUGUAUACCAAAGACUGUAUGGAAAAAGCAUUGGCUAAAAAUGAAGAAGUUAAAGGAAAAAUUGAUGCUUAUCGCAAAUUCAAAGCUCAUCUAAUGGUUGAACUUGGGAAUGUGUUUCCUCACGAGUUGGCCAAGUAUCGUGCAAUUAGAGGUGAAGAAAGGCCUCUGAACUGAAGUGUACAGUUUUGUGUUACAUAUUGUUGAAAUAUAUUUAUUGUGAUCUAUGCGCAGUUAAUAUUAAUAUGACAUUCCUGUGUGUAGUCUUAUUACUGAGAAUACAUUGUGGUUGACUUGUGUCUUAAAAAUUUUGCAUUUGGGAAUGAAGUUUUAAAACUUAGGGAUGUUUGUUUCAGUGGUGUUCAAUAUUUUGAUAAAAAGAAUCCUGUACAAGUAUACAGCAUUCAUAAUAAAACAUAUGAAACUUAUGCAUUAUGAAUAUACAUGAUUUUAGCUACCAGGAUUAGACAAGCUCUCCCAACAAAACAAUAGGGUUUAAUAAUAUUGCCAUCUCAAAGAAAUAAUAGUACAAACAAUUUUAAGAUUUUUUUUUUCCUAAGAAGGCCCAACAUAACUUUUUUGUGUUUAAGUAUAAUUUAAAUAAAUGUGGACUUUUAUGUGAUAACUCUUUUACGACUUCAUGACCCUAGUUGCAUGUAAAACCUUUAUUAGCAAUUUAUAGUUGUGUAAUUUAGUGGUUUGAUUUCUCUACAGGGAACAGGUGUUAGGGACAGCCAUCUAUUUUUUUAUCUAUCCAGAUAUUUUUUAUGAAGAAUAUUUUGCAUGUGUUAAAUUUUAUUAUUUUCUUAUUCAUUGAUUUAUAAUUUUCUCCAAGGUAUUCAAUUUUGUUACAAGAGAAAAUUAUUACAAAACUAUAUUUGUGGUUGAGUGUUGUUGGCUUCAAGAGGGGGGAGGGGAUAGAAUGUGAGGCCCUCCUCACAUGUCCCACAUGUUUUCUGAGACAAUGCAUGCUCACUUUUAUUGCAUGACUUAAAAUCUUAAUGAAAAAAAAAGAAAUUAUUGU